UGGUUGCCUUUGAUCAUCGCCGUCGUCUUUUAUCCUCACUAAAUAGUAGUUGGUGACCUUUUGAUGUUGAAUUCAACAAUCAAAGUUUUAGAUCGGAACUUUUCAUAAUAGAAUUCAACCAUCUCUAAGCAAUUGUCUUUUCCUUGUUUGUGGAUAUGUAAAAUUCAAUCUCUCAAAAUUGCUGGUAAAGAGUUAUGGCCCUGUGUUUAUCAAGCUUGUAAUUUUGGGGAACUUGUGGCCAAUGAUUUAUGGUGGUCAGAACUAGGUUGUCGGCAGUCCUUGGUAUUGUGGUAAAGCCGACUAUUGAUGGUGGUGAUUGCAAGUGAUUGGACGUCGUAGAUGGCUGACGGUGGCGUUGAGGGAAGAUCGUCGGUAGGCUGGGGUCAUUGGAUGGGGGCAAGGGUGGGAAUGGGAGGGGGGUGGCUGGGGUGUUGAGUUGAUUGGGGUUUUCAAAUGGGUGGGUGGAAUUAGGUUGAUUUUAAUUGUUCUUUUUCAAAAUAUGAUAGUUAACAGAAACUUGACGGGAGGGUCAAGUCAUGUAUUUUUUCAGAAAAACCUCAACGACACCUUGAAACUGCGAGGGUACCCUGUGCAUUUUCGCAAAAAUCAGUUUGUCGACUCUUGUGGAAGCAUCCAUGAUAUAAUAAGGGCAUGGAAUCGCCAUUUGAAAAAUUUCCCACACUUGGUAAGAGUGCAUUCCUCCCUUAAGAAGCCUGCUAAAGCUGGUGCUAUGUGGAAGAUGGUUAUUGAAGGUAGGCCUGAUAGUCCUAGUACUCACUCUCUAAGGUCUUCGAAGGAGCAUGACAAAAUUGAUUUGAUUCAGCUGCCUCCUCGAGAUAAAGUAGUAGUGGCAGAGAAUAUUGACAAAUCUGAACGAGCUAUCCAUGAACAGACACAGUUUGAAGAUAGCGAUGGCAAAUCGAUUGAUCUGGAGCUGGUGACUUCAGAAGUCACAAAGACCUUUCUAACGGAGGAGUGUAAAGCAAAUGAGCCAGGUACUGGCCUGCUAAAUCAGACUGCUGAUGAUAGAAAUUCUGGGGAAGCUGCCACGGACCCUAAAUCACAUGGCAUCCAGGAAAAACAAGAGCAAGAUCAAAGGUCUCAAAAAGAAAAGCCAGAUUCACUGGAGGGUCAUUCUUUGAGUCCUCCGGAUGGUGGUAGCAAACCAGCAGGUGGCCACGACAUUGAUAAAAUCCGCUCAGUCUCGAGUCCUGUAAGUCGCGGAGAUAAUACUGCUGCCGAAACAUGUGGUGAGUCUCCUUUUCCCUCUACAAUGACACGUAAGGACCUUUCAUCAACACUAUCAGCAGAUCAUCCUUCGGAUAAAGAGGGAAAUCAGCGAAGGUUCAACUCAUCUGGUAAAGUUCGUUCGAGACUUGGCUCCCCUGGUAAUUCAGGAGAGAGACUAGAAAGGUCGCUUUCGCCAAGAAGACGCAUCCAUGGGUGUACAGAUGAUCGGCGACACAGAGAGCGGUCUCUUUCUCCACGAAGGCACAAUUCUCGCUGGAAUUCAGAAGACCGCUGGCAUCGUGAUAAACGUCAUCGUCGUUAUUCCCGGUACCAAGAUAGUUCACGAGGUCAGAAAGAUGGCCGAAUACAAAAUCAACAUAUAGUAAUCAUUGGCAACAAAGGGCAAACACAGACUGUCCAACAGCAAUCUACGGGAUCUACAUCACAGACUCAGACCCAACUUCCUGUCCAAUCUGUUGCUUACCCUCAAGCUCUGAUGAACCAGUAUCCGCUGCCCAUCAAUGAGCAAUAUGGCAAUGCGCAGAAUAACCAAUUGUACAAUCAGAUGUGGCAAUAUUAUUACUACAACCAGCAGCAACAGCAGCAGCAGCAGCAUGUACUGCAGCAAUCACCAUUAGGUCCACAGCAACAACUGCAACAAAUGCAGCCUCCUCAGCAGCUGCAGCAACAGAUGCAAAACCCAGCCCAGCAGCAGCAUAUGCAAAUUCCUCAACAGCCCCAACAGUCAUCUCUUCAUCAGCAACAGAUUUUACACUUGCAGUAUCAGCAGCAACAGUUGUUUCCGCAGUUGCAACAGCAACAAACUAAUGAGCAAACGCAGUCUCAGCAGCAGCAAUUACAGCAGAUACAGCAACAGCAAGUUUACCUACAGCAGCAGCAGCAGCCGCAGCCCCAGCCCCAGCCACAGCAACAGCAACAGCAGGGACACAUUCAAGAGCAACAGCAGACACAGCUGCAGCAACCAGAGGAAGUCUAUCUUCAGCAGCAGAUGCAACAACCACAGGAAUCAUAUCAGUACCAGCAAGUUCAGCAACAACAGUACUUACUCUACCUCCAGCAGCUGCACCAAUAUCAACAAUCACAGCAGCAGCCAGGACUAGCUCCAGAUCAGAAGUCAUUGCAUCAACAAGAAAAAUUACCUCAGGAGCAGCAACAAGAACUGCCGGAGCAGCAGCAUAGGGAUGAAAAGUCACAGCUUAAACAAAAUUAUGGUUCAGCAGAAGUUAGUUCAAAUAACAGUCCUCAAGAACAGGGUCAAGGAUCAGAACUUACCCAUGGUUCAACUUCUGCAGCUCCAUCCCAAGACGAGUUGCCUGAAAUUGAAGGAACGGAAAUUUGAUGCUUCAGUUGAAACACUUUUUAGGCUGUAUAUCUCAGACUCGACUACUAGUGUCAGACAUAAGUUUUUUUUUGGUGUCAGACGCUGCGACGUAAAAAAGUUUUGCAUGCAUUCGAUUCAAAAGAAAUUUUGGUGUCCGCAUCAGCUCAGGUACUUAGGUGACAUAAAAGUUGGCUAGUAUGAUUUUGCAGAUGACUUGAAUUUUGCAGAUGACUUGUAAAUGAUUAGGCCUUUCAUCACUAUACUUUAAGCUUUGGCAAUGAUAAUAGAAACAUUUCUGUUGUGUACUUCUGUUCGUCAUAUGUAGCUAUUGUAAUUCUCAAGUGUAUCUUGGCUUAUAAAAAAAUUAUAGAAACUCAACCUUUCCAGUCUUGCCUUGA